AUGGCACAUUUCCAUGCCUUGGUUUUGGCUCUUCUUGUCUUUACUGGGGGGUGGUGCCACUGCAGGGCUGAUGUUGGGGAUUUUACUGCAUGCCUGCAGUUCUUCUACAAAUUCUGGCCUCCAAAAGGUCUCUCAGGGACUCCAGUUUGCCAGCGCUAUUAUGACCAAUACCACUUUGCUUCUUUGUACAGUCGCCCACGCCGUUCCCCUUGGUUCUCUGCUUAUUUGUACACGACGCCAAGAGGAAAGAGGCCCCCAUCUUCUUGGAAGUUUGAGCCACAGUUGGCCUACCCGGAAGCCGAUGGCAACAUGAUGCCAUUCCUUCCAGGUGUUGUAGACCAGAAUGUUGUGGAGAGCCAGGCUGUUGAGCAGGACUACAUUAAUUCCUCCUAUACUCGUGGCCACCUGAACCCCAGCCUCCACCACCAGCACCACAAAGACCGCUCAUCCACCUUCACCUUGACCAAUGUCGUUCCUCAGAAGGUGGGCUCAAACGACGGGCCCUGGGAAUUCCUGGAGCAGGCGGUCAACAAAACCUUGUCGGCCUACUGCCUGGGAGAGGCCUUCAUCGUAACGGGGAUCAUCCCCUACCAGAAAGAGGAGCGCUGGCUCAAAAAUCAUCGCGUGGCGGUCCCCGAGUACCUUUGGUCCGCGUACUGCUGCCCAAACUACAACUCCAGUCUUCCAGCAGAACUGAAGGAGACUUUUCCGACGUAUGCUGCCAUAGGCCGCAACGACCGCAACAGCACUGAAGAGAUUGUUCCUGUCGAUGAGACAACAAAGAAGCAGUUCAGAGGAUAUGAUGUGAGACUGAUGCCACUCGCAACACUGGAGAUGUAUCUAAGAAGCAGGUUUGGGAUUGACAUUAGUAUAUUUUACCUACAGUGCUCUGGAUCAGAGUGACCACAUACCGAUGCAGAUGCAAACAUAUGCCAUGAAUUUGUUCGUGGCACAGAUGGAUGUGACUGCUCAUUCAUAUUACUAACCCCCGUUCCUUUAUAAUACAACAAUAAUCAGGAAUGAAGAACACUUUGUCAUUUCAUUUUAUGUAUACGCAAGUACAUGAAAUCAGGUCAGGUGAAUUUUGUGAAUGUGUCAGCCCUGUGAUAGACUGGCGGCCUGUCCAGGGUGUCUCCUUGCCUGCCGCCCAAUGACUGCUGGGAUAGGCUCCAGCAUCCCGUGACCCCAAUUGGGAUAAGUGGCUUGGAUAAUGGAUGGGUGGAAGUACAUGAAAUGGAAUGAAAUAUCCUUUCCCUCAGCCCACAGUAGUGCAACACAAAGACAAAAACACAUAUAUCAAACUAAAAAAAAACACUGACCAAGAGAACGAACGCCAGGAUGACUGUCAGAACUGCCGGUCUGCAUAGGCUAGUAGCUAGCUCAGCCUGCCCCACUUCCGCAUCCUGUCAGACCACCCUCAGUGUUUCUUCCUCAGGCGCACUAUUAAGUUGCUUAAUAGUGGCCUCAAGUUCAAAUAAAGACUGAAAGCAAUAGUCCUGGAGAUUUACAUGCACACAAAUGUCCUUUCUGAUACUUCCUAUUGUUUGUGUCUUUAACUGUUAACUCAUGAAUAUCUGAAUCACAAACACUUUUGUAGUUGCUCAUUUUAAUGGUUAGGCUCAGGUAGGCCUGUCCUAGGGAUAAAGAUUAUGUGGUUCAUUACGCUUUACAUCCCCACUAUAGCAGCCAAAUACAGAAGACCAGGGGAGGUAGUUAUAAAUUUGAUGAUACUCUGAUUGUAUUAAUGAAGAUAACAUUUAGGAGAAAAAGUUUGAACUGAAGUUAAAUUCAUUGAAAUGUGAUCUUAUUUUAUUUAUUUUUUUUGGAUGAAUAAAAAAUGUAUGCAAAGCUUAAAAUAUAGUUUGUGGCCUUCCGUGCAUCAAAAUGUUUGGACCACUAGAUAGCAUCCUUGUGCAGCACAUUUAUUAUCAUCUGACCUCCUCUGCUGGUGCAAAGCUGUUUUGUAAGUCAGUCUCUACUGACUUACAAAGUGGUACGAGUCAUUGAGGGGGUUAAAGUGAAGUUUCAGUCUCAUUUUGAAUUUCUGAUAGACUGAUACCUUUUUCAUGUGAGAAAUAUAGCACCUUGUGCUUUUUUUGCAGAUCAAAAUAUCAUUUUUUAUGUCAAUAUCUUUACAUGUAAUGUUGCAAAAUGGACAAAGUCAUCUUUCUCCCGAGCCUGUCAUUAA